UCAAUUUUCAUAUUAUUAAAUAAAUAUAUUAAAUUACAAGAUAAUCUUUAAACUUUUAAUCGUAUUUUUGACCCUACUUUCAAGUCAACUUUAAAACCAACUAACUAGGGGGUAAAAUAAAUAGAAAGGUGAACUUAGAACUAGAUCACGAGGGUAAUUCUAAGAGAAUGUUGUUUUACAUGUUUUCCCGGUGAAUUUUUUUUUAUCUGCAAAAUCAAUUUCUCUAAUGAAUUCUCUUAGCAACGGUAAACAACGAUAAAUUAUCAAAAGUAAGGUUAUUUUAUUGGAAAAAAAAAGAAAAAAAAAAAAUGGUGACCAAAUGGCCGAGUUUAAACAUCUAUGUCGUUCGAUUGGCCGGAAAUUCAUUGAUGAACCUACAUAAGCCGGUAAAACAAGCAUCUCAAGGUCGUGUAACAAAGUCCAUGUUCUUUUCUAGAUCUAUUAGUACAGCUAGCACGUGUUUCAAUAGCGACAAAAUGCCUGGAACUCUUCAUCAAAAUUUGUGGGAAUCUGACCCAGAGUUGUUUAAACUUAUAAAAAAGGAAAAACAACGACAGAAAAGUGGAUUGGAGUUGAUUGCCAGUGAAAACUUUACAUCUUUGAGUGUCCUUCAGUGUUUGAGUUCAUGUUUGCACAAUAAAUACAGCGAAGGGCUUCCUGGUCAACGAUACUAUGGAGGAAAUGAAUUUAUUGACGAAAUCGAACUGUUGGCUCAAAAACGAGCUCUUGAAGCAUUUAAUUUGGAUCCUGAAAAGUGGGGUUGCAAUGUUCAACCUUACUCUGGUAGUCCAGCAAACUUUGCUGUAUAUACAGGAUUGAUUGAACCUCAUGGUAGAAUAAUGGGUCUUGAUCUACCUGAUGGUGGUCAUCUUACUCAUGGAUUUUUUACUCCAACAAAAAAAAUUUCUGCUACAUCGAUAUUCUUCGAGUCUAUGCCUUACAAAGUGGAUCCAUCCACGGGAUUGAUUGAGUACGAAAAAUUGGCCGAGCAUGCAAAACUCUUUAAACCUAAAAUAAUAAUCGCCGGAGUGUCGUGCUACAGUAGAUGCUUAAACUACAAAAAAUUCCGUGAAAUAGCUGAUGAAAAUGGAGCUUAUUUAUUCAGUGACAUGGCACAUAUUUCUGGUCUAGUGGCAGCUGGAGUGAUACCGAGUCCUUUUGAGUACAGCGACGUGGUUUCAACGACAACUCACAAAACUCUACGCGGUCCCCGAGCUGGUGUUAUUUUCUUCCGUAAGGGUUUGAGAAGUGUAGGCAAGAACGGAGAGAAGAUAAUGUACGAUUUUGAAAGUAAAAUUAACCAAGCAGUGUUCCCAGGAUUACAGGGUGGUCCUCACAACCAUGCUAUUGCCGGUAUUGCAACAGCAAUGAAGCAAGCGCAUACACCGGAAUUUGUUAACUACCAAAAGCAAGUUAUUGCCAAUGCACAGCAGCUAUGCAAGAGCUUACAAUCUUUCGGGUACAAAAUUAGCACUGACGGUACUGAUGUCCACAUGUUACUCGUUGAUUUAAGGAACACAGGAAUAACUGGAUCAAAAGCUGAACGUAUUUUAGAAGACAUUUCUAUUGCAUGUAAUAAAAAUACCGUUCCCGGUGACAAGAGUGCUUUUAAUCCAAGCGGAAUUAGAUUAGGUACUCCAGCACUUACUACUCGUGGAUUGAAAGAAGAAAACUUUGAAGCUGUAGCUGAAUUUAUUCAUCGUGGGUUACAGUUAUCCAAAGAAGUCACAGCUAAAUCUGGACCCAAGCUCGUUGAUUUCAAAUCAGUAUUGGAGAAUGAUUCGGAAAUAAAAGCCAAGGUCUCUGCGCUUCGUCAUGAAGUUGAAAAAUACGCUAAUAAAUUUCCGAUGCCUGGGUUAGAAGAAUACUAAAAUAAUAUUUUAUAAAUGAAUUCAACUCGAUUUUUUCAUUUAUUUUUCUUUCAUUCCGAUUUUUUUUUUUUUUUGUGUUUAUAAUAUACGAAUUUUCUUACAUAUUAUCUUAAAUACUUUUGAUAAUGUUGAAUAUUUCUAUUUUUAUACAUAGAAAUAAAUAAUUUUUGAUACAGAAAUAAAAUAUUUGAUUCGUUAUUUUUUA